AUGCGCCUCUCAGCUGUGUUUAUUGCUGUCGCCACGGUGGUCUCUGGGGUGCGCGCCGGCAGCAUCAAUGGGAAUUUCAGCGGCAACUUGGAAAAAGCUCUUAUAACGGAAUUUGGACUGGAUAUUUUUAACGGUCUCAAAGAGAAAAAGUGCCAACCAGUACCGUGCGCUCUCUCAGUCGGAAAGGCGACUCCAUGCGUGUUGACAGCGGUGAUGGGGCAAAAGUUGUUAGACAUCCCUGCCUGCUUCAAUUCAGAUGGAAACGAGUUUCACCUGCUCUGUCACUGCCUUGAUUGCUACGUCAAGGCCAUCAAGGAUGUCCUCAACAACAGUGAGAUAAAUUACUGUCCUACGAGUGUGAUAUCGCCUGAUCUAUUUUCAAGGGUGUAUUUGAAUCUUGCCAGCGAUGAAGAGAAGAGCAAAGCAAAGGCUUGGGGCUUCACUCCGCCGCCUACCACUGAGGACUAG